AUGUCCUGCUCCAGCCUGUGUGCCCCUUCCUGUGGGGUGGCCGCCCCGUGCCCAGUGGCUGACACCACGAACGAGCCCUGUGUGCGUCAGUGCCAGAGCUCCACGGUGGUGAUCCAGCCCCCAGCCACGGUGGUCACCUUCCCCGGACCCAUCCUCAGCUCCUUCCCGCAGCAAAGCGCUGUGGGCUCAGCGGGAGUCCCUGCCAUUGCUGGGGGCUCCGGUGGCAGUUAUGGAGGCCAUGGUGGCUAUGGAGGCUUUGGGGGUUAUGGGGGCUAUGGAGGCCUAGGUGGUUAUGGGGGCUAUGGAGGCUAUGGUAGCUGUGGAGGCUAUGGAGGCUUUGGAGGCUGCGGAUAUGGUGGCUGGCGCCGAGGCCGCUCAUACCUCAGUGGCAGCUGUGGAACCUGCUAACCACACACUAGGUAUGGCCACAGACAUGGGAGAUCUCCAGAAGAUACCCUGUCACAUCCCAGUAUGACGCUCUGUGGAGGAGCAUUCCUUUGGCACUGCUGGUAAGCAGAGCUUGGAAGUCUCUGGCCUCCUUGAAGCCCAGCUCUGCCUUCCUCCUGCCCUGCUUGAGCUUCACUUCAGGACUUGCUGUCCCCUGACAACGCAGCCCCAUGCUGCACGCCUGCUCCUCCUGCACAGCUGAUAUUCAUUCUUGGUGUGCCCACAGCCAGCAGACAGAGGAAGCCCUUUGCCAGGGCCCUGCUCUGCUCC